CAAGACGACAAAAUACAAAAUAAAUAAAAUGGAACAAUACUUGUCUGCCAAUGUCAAUAAAUACACAAAUUUUCAUCACCUUCACUCAGAUUCAUCACUUUCAUUCGCAAUCAGAGCUCAAGAAUUUACUGGAUCUAUGGCGUGGAUGUACCGGAAGUUAGCAACAUGCGGUGGUGAAGGAGGAAGUGAAUGGGACGAUGAUGUAUACGAAGGUGUACGAAAAGUAUAUGUUGGGCAAGAUCUCUCACGUAUUACUUACAUCAAAUUCGACUACGUGAAGGUCGACGGUGAAGUAGUAACACGUGAAUAUGGGACAGAAAGUCAACACCCUAAAGAGUUUGAAGUUCAAUAUCCGGACGAACACAUCAUAUCGGUGGAGGGAAGCUACAAGAAAGUGGGUCUAUAUGCCACGGACGUGAUCACGUCUCUCGUCUUCAAGACCUCAAAGGGUAGAAAGUCUCCAAUGUUUGGUCCAAACUUGCUCGAACUUGUGACCGGUACAAAGUUUGGUUUUGAGGAUCAAGGAAAGAAGAUCGUCGGGUUUCAUGGACGGUCGGGUGAUGCUCUCGACGCUCUUGGAGUUUACUUUGUGCAUGACUCUCUCAGCACGUCGUUGUCUCCUCUUUAUAAGCUGGAUGCUCAAGGUGGUACAGAGGGACUUGUUUGGGAUGAUGGCUCUUAUGAUGCCGUUAAAACGCUGCGAAUAUGUCAAGAUGAUUGUCGUAUUACUUAUUUAGAGUUCGAGUACGAGAAAGCUGGGAAGUCGGAGAUAUUUCAACAUGGGGUGAAAGGAGGAACACCAUCCGAGUUUGUGCUUGAUUACCCGGAUGAAUACAUCAAAACGGUGGAAGCAACCUAUGAUAAGCCAAAACUUUUUCAAAAUACCGUCAUCACGUCACUUACCUUCCAAACAUCAAAGGGUAUAACAUCAUUCUUUGGGUAUAAAGUAGGUAAGAAGUUUGUCCUUGAGCAAAAGGAUCGUCGACUUGUUGGAUUCCAUGGGAAAGAAGGUGACGCUAUUGAUGCUCUAGGAGCAUAUUUUGCACCUAUUCCUGCUCCAACACCUUUGAUUCCAGCCAAGAAACUACCAUCCGUAGGCGGCAACGGAGGAGUUACAUGGGAUGAUGGUGUUUACGACGAUGUAAAGAAAAUAUACGUAGGACAAGGUAACGAUGGUGUAUCCUUUGUCAAGUUUGAGUACAUUAAAGGCACAAGCUUGGUUACUGGAGAUGAUCAUGGGAAGAUGACAUUACUAGGAGCUGAAGAGUUUGUUCUUGAGGAUGGUGAAUAUCUCACGGCCUUGGUAGGCUACUACGAUAAGAUAUUCGGAGUGGAGGAGCCAGUAAUUAUCUCACUUCAGUUCAAGACGAACAAAAGGGAGUCAAGUCAGUUUGGAAUGGAUUCCGGUGAGAAGUUCACUUUUGGGGAGAAUGGCCACAAGAUCGUCGGGUUCCAUGGACAAGCUAGUGAUGUUAUCCACAGUGUUGGAGUCACUGUUGUACCCAUCACUACCGAAUGAAAAAAAAGCUGGAUAUUAUUAAUAAUAAAACCAGCCAGUCAUGUGGGUUGAAUAAAACUUUUAAUAAGCUACUGUGUGUUUUCUUUAUUUUGCCACGGUCGAAGUUAUGUAUUAUAUUCAGAAAAAAUUACAAGACGUUU